AUGCCGCCGCCAUGGGGCUCGAGCUCACAACCCGCGGCCAGGAGCCUCCUGCACCUGCCCACUGGCCUCUACAUCAGAGGAAACCCUUCCUGCGGUCUGGCCUGCGGCACAACUGCCCCAGAGGCCCCUCCUGAACCCCCCGCAGCCCGGCGCGGACCCCCAGUCACGGCUUCCUCUGGGGCCACACGUGCAGGCGGGAGCCCCGAGGCUCCAGGUCUCCACAGAAACUACUUCCCAAUGGAAGGAAGAAGGGGCUGCCCAGAGGCUGGAAAGCUUCCCGUGGGAGCAGGCCAGGGCUACUCCGGCCACAGGUGUGCGCGGCCACCUCGUGCCACCGUCGUCAGCGGGGCUGCGAGCGUUGAGGGGCCCUGCUCACCUCCGGCCCGAGUGAGUGCCACCGUCACCCUGUCCCCAGGCAUGCCCGGCCCAGCUUGGUCCCCGUGCUCGGGGCUGGCCACCUGUCCGUCCUGCUCCUGCGGCACCCGGUACUUCAAGAGCUCAGGGACGCGUCAGACCGCGUUAGGCUUUGGUGGAGCAGCGCGACGCCCGCAGGCCUGGGGGAGGGCCGGGGAGACCUCCUAUGUGUUCACCUGGGGACUCACGCUGCCGGUCGCGCUGCCGGUCGCGCUGCCGCCGCCGGGCCGCCCGGAGGUCCUCGCUCCUCGCCCCCUGCGGAUGUUUAGGGCCCGCGCGCCGGGCGGCCUGGGCGAACAAGGGCCUGGACCUCGGCGCACGGGGCACAGCCCGCCCCCCGCCGCUGCCCCCGCCCGGCGACCGCUCCCUCCGGCCGUGCCUUUGUUUCCCUCCCGCAAUUACGUGUACGGAAGUGCCGCCCGAGCCGGGCGCCCGGGGUGCCAGCUGCAGCCUCCCCGGCGCCCCGAGAAGAGGACGAGCAACUCGGAGGCCGCUGGGGUGGGGGGAGCGGGGACGCGCACACCUGCCCACGCAGGGACCCGCGCUGCCGAUCCCCGCCAAACGCAGGUGCGCGCCGCCGAGGCUCCUACCCAGCCUGCCUGCAGGUGCGCGCCGCCGCGGCCUCCUCCCCCCAGCCCGCAGGUGCGCGCCGCCGAGGCCCCCUCCCCGCCCGCAGGUGCGCGCCGCCGCGGCCUCCUCCCCACCCGCGGAUGCAGUCCGCCGAGAUGCCCUCCCCGCUCGCAGGUGCAGGCCGCGGAGGCCUCCUCCCCGCCCGCAGGUGCGCGCCGCCGAGCCCCCCUCCCCCGCCCGCAGAUACGCGCCGCCGAUCCCCCUCCCCCCGCCCGCAGGUGCGCGCCGCCGAGCCCCUUCCCCCGCCCGCAGGUGCGCGCCGCCGCAGGGAGCACCCCGCCCGCCGAGGCCCCCUCCCCGCGCGGCCCGGCUCACCUGCUGCGGGCGGCGCCGGCGCUCAGCUGCGCGGGGUGCGGGGCGCCUUCUGCCCCUGGCGCGGGGCAGCGCGCAUCAUCUCGGGCUCGGCGCGGCUGCGGCGGGCAGGGCGGUGCCGACUGGGCAACCCGCGGCGGCCGUCUCCCCUCUGUCUACGCGGCCCGGUGCCUCUGCCGCCCGCCGCCGGCUGCGCCCGUGUCGGGACCGAGCGCCGAGGAUCCGCCGCCAGGUACAGCGCUCCGCCUCCUGCGGCGGCGGAUGCGUCGGGGCCUCUCCUCCCGGCCUCCCGCCCGCCCCGGGGCCCCCGGGGCCUGCCCCACGGGGACGCGCGGAGGAGCGGAAAGCGCCCGGCGCCCUCCCCAAGCUGGCGGCGCGGGCCCGGCUCCCGGGGAGGGAGGCGCGUGGGGGGGCGCCCGCUCGCGGGUCGUCUGCGUCCCCCGCCCCCGUCACCCCGCCCGGCGCGGUACCUCGGGGCCGCCUGCGCAGACGCGGCCGACCGUGCUCACCGGCUGCAGCGGCGGAGGGUAG